UGUGCCGCACACGGCUGCAAGAACCGAUACGAUAAAGAUAAGCCUGUCUCUUUCCACAAGUUUCCUCUUACUCGGCCCAGUCUUUGUGAAAAAUGGGAGGCAGCUGUCAGAAGAAAAAACUUUAAACCCACCAAGUACAGCAGUAUCUGCUCCGAGCACUUCACUCCAGACUGCUUUAAGAGGGAGUGCAACAACAAGUUACUGAAAGAGAACGCUGUACCUACAAUCUUUCUCUGUACUGAGCCCCAUGACAAGAAGGAAGACCUCCUGGAGCCCCAGGAGCAGCUGCCCCCACCACCUCCAACGCCGCCUGUGUCCCAGGUUGACGCCGCUAUUGGAUUACUCAUGCCCCCUCUGCAGACCCCCGACAAUCUCUCUGUUUUCUGUGACCACAACUAUACCGUGGAGGACACCAUGCACCAGAGGAAGAGGAUUCACCAGCUCGAACAGCAAGUCGAGAAACUCCGGAAGAAGCUCAAGACGGCGCAGCAGCGGUGCAGGAGGCAGGAACGGCAGCUGGAAAAACUGAAGGAGGUCGUGCACUUCCAGAAGGAGAAAGACGAUGUGUCCGAGAGAGGUUAUGUGAUCCUUCCAAAUGACUACUUCGAAGUGGUUGAAGUUCCAGCAUGAAGAAGGAAAUGCGUGUUGAUUUUUAGUAGGGCCACACCACGUGUCCUCCUGCCUCUGAAGGAGUCUCAUUUGGAAAAAAGUCACAUUUGAUUACUUGUGUAAAAAACAACUCAGAAUAUUUUUUUAAAUAAAUAAAUUAGAUAUAUACUGUAAAAUUUUCUGUUUGUAAUUUCAGGGUUUUUACAUUUUAACAAUAUUUUAAAAGCUAUAAACUAACCUCAGACCUCCAGUGUAAGUUGGUUUUAAGAUUAGAGAUUUUUGGUUUUUGAGUAUUUAUAGAAAUAAUGUAAAAGUAAAAAAUAAAGAGAAUGAGAACAGUGCAGUGAGGAUAACUUAAGUUUAAGCUGAAAAAUUGGUGCUGUUUACUGAGAACUUAGUUGUAUUUUAAAUAAGUAUGAGCUGGCCCAUUGGAUGGGCCAUUCAUCCAUUCUUAUUUGUAAAGUCAGAAGGUUUGUUUAUCUUUCUGAUUGACUUGUUGAAGAUAAACUGGCAAAUCAAGACUUGAACAAAAAAAGGAUUUGGUUGUGUUUAGAGCAGGAAAUGAAGAGUCAUUCCAUACCGAAUAAAUAACUUUAUAAAGAGUGGACUUAAAAAAAGUGGACCCCUCUUUCUUCCCAUUGCCUAGCACUAUGAAAUUAGAAGUUUAUCUUCAGCACAAGAAACAUUCUUCAAUAAAGUAAGGCAUUGUUAUCGGUGAAGUUCUGCAAAUUGGGGCUUGAUCUGCGACAGUUUUUUUUUCUUCUCUCUUUAGCCCCGAGCUAAAGGACAUCAGGUCCCCAACUGUAGUUAUGUCUACACCCAAGUCCCUGAUGGUGUGCUGUGUGAGGAGAGUUUGGUUUGCAUCCUGAUGUGGUAGGUGAUCCGGCACGUGACCCAUUGAUUUUGGUCAAGGCGAGUCAUAAAAAUUGUUUCUUCACUUUUAACAAGUUAGAAGUCCUAUCUCAUUUAUUUAAAUAAGUGAUUUAUGUUAAAAAAGCAACCUACUAUGUAACGCUUACUUUACUGAACGUUGAGAUUUAAACACUGAGGUUUCUGUUCAAACUGUGAGUUGUGUUCUGACUCUGUGAGGACUUUAACAUAUAUUUGCAAUGAAAAUAUGUUCUGAAUAAACACUGCUAUAGGAAUUCUCUAUUUAGAUUUAGAAUAACUGUUCCAAUUACAGUUAUUACUUUUAUAUUCCCAAGUACACUGAGAUAGCUGAAGAGUAACAGACCCUUUAAAACAGUAUUAAAG